UAAAGCAGCACAGAUUUCUUUGUUGGGUGCAGUAAUAGCUAACCAUACGGAGAAUUGUUUCUAGGUGAUGUGAGCAGGAUCUCUCUUCUGGAACAGGAUAAUUGUGUAUAACCCAACUGGACAUAUGUGGCUUGUGGAAAAGCUGAAGGCAACAGACAUGCAGGGGCAGGUGUCUUAUCUGACAAGAGGGGUCCUCACUGACAAGAGUCAACGUCCUAUUCCUUGUUCUAAUGUCCUAACUCCAGACAGGAUCCCUGAAUUCUGUAUUCCUCCUCUACUUUCAUCACAAAGAGGGAAAAGACUAAAAUCCCUUUACAGGUCAGUGCCUGACCUGAGUGGAGCUGCCUUUGGAACUGGAACUCUGAACACACCAGAGACACAUAUUAUCCAGGUGGACAGUGCAGAGGAACCUAUGGAGGAGGAAAGUACUAAUGCUGACCCUCAGGCUCAAGCAGCACUUUCUCUUCCUCAUCUCCCGAAAGUGCAGACCUCUUAUGGAUUCUGCACUUUACUGGAAAGCCCCAAUACUAGAAGAAAGGAAUCUCUUUUUCACAAUGACCCUGCCAGCCUUCCAAUUCUUAUCCCCAGAACAAGCUCAAACACAUCUACAUGCCAAAGAGCAUUCUCUUGUGGCAGUUUCACAACACUGAGACUGAGACCACUGAAUCGCUCUGGCACCAUGGACAGUGAAACAUCCUCUUCUACAGACACUUCCCCAUUCAGCUCUCCUCUGCUUCCCAGGGCCCUGCAGAGGAGCAGCUCUCUGCUGAAAGCUAUAAGCCAGGACAAGCUGUUCUCCAGAGCCUUCAAAAGAAAGGGAAAAUCAGCGCUCUCUAGAAACAACUCCCUGUCAGCUGAUGAGGGUAGCUCCACAGACAGUAGCCCAAAUAUAAUUCGGAGAGUUUCUGAUGGGAUGAUGGACUCUGUCUUUCCUAUGGACCUUCUUUAUUCUAGAGGCAGCUUUGUGGCAGAGAAUGCUGUGUUGCUAGAGAACGGAGGUUCCGUUCGUUUAUCUACUGAAUACUGCGCCACAGCACAGAGGCUGCGUGUACGACUCAUUAGUGUCGAAGGACUUUACCAUCCAGAUGUUGACCCCAAAAGUAUCAACUGUUUUGUGACACUCUCCAUCAUUCCUGGGAAACAGCAGAAGCAGCGAAGCACGGUUAUAAGGAGGAGCAGGAACCCUAUCUUUAAUGAGGACUUUUUCUUUGAAAACCUGUUUCAGGCACAACUGCAUUGCCACAGCCUUAAGAUUAAAAUCAUCAACAAAAUGUGUGGCAUGAAAAGGGACUGUGUCCUGGGACAAACGGAACUCUCGUUACUCAGCAUCUUGUCUCCAUAAGUGAAUAAUAUCUGUAUGUUUUCUAUGCACUAUAAACCAGAUCAAAAGAGAUGAAAUGGAUAGACACUGAUUUUCAGAACACUACAAACGUUGUCCUACAAAUAACUGACUUUUUAAAGACCAUUUGUAUAUAAAUCUGUGGCUAGCUAACACACAAUGGAGGGAAUUCAAAUGUUUGAAAAGUCGGUUGGGUGUCUGUUUUUUCCCUGUCUAUUAGAUAGGAAAAAACAGACACCCAACUGACUUUUCAAGCAAUUGAAUCUCCCCAAUAUGUAUUACCAGAUAUAAUGUCCUAUUUCACCAGAUUUUGGCUGUAUUUACAUAUUUUAAAGAAGGAACAGCGCCCAAUUGGGGCCUGUCCUAAAACUACAACAGAUAGUGUAUAAAGACAUUGACUCAAAAGGAUGUUGUUGAAUUUCAUGUCUGCUUUGUCUGACAGAACUGCUAAUGUAUUUUCUUGAAAUGAUAGGACAGUUCACAAUAUGGGAUAUAACCAGUAACAUAUUGUUCAUUUCUGUCCUGGUAUAACAGUACUAUGUAUAUACUGUACACACUUUUCUGCCUAUUUCUGCUAAAACAUAAUUUGGUGCAUUAUAAUUCCUAUUGGACAUACAGAUACCUGUGUUACCCACACCUCUCUAGAUGUCCACAUGGGACUUAUAUAACCAUACAGGGUAGCUACCCAAAUACAAAGGUAUUAGUAAGAGCAUAAACUGAAUGCGUGCAUUAUUUGUAUUUUAAGUUUAUUUUUAUACACAUUUUAUUUAACACACAUCUGCCACAACAUACUACUGUUAAUUUAUUGCUGAAUCGUUUUGGUUAUUUUAUUGUCUGAAAUCUAUAUUUUUUUAUAU